AUGCGGCGGUCCCUCCAGCUCCGGUGCUCGGCCCUGGUGUCGGCAGCACGACCGGAGACGGCGGUCGAAUCUUCUGCAGAAGUACAGCUGCCCACUAGCGUGAGGCCCAAGUCCCUGCCUUGGCCCAGGAUAUCUCGAGAAUCGAAGGAAGGCACAGCCCUGGACAGCCAAUCUGCAAAGAACCAGAUUGGGCUUCUGGUCGUAAAGGAGGAAGAGGAAGAGGCCUCUGCCGUGGUGGGGGAGGCCAACCCUGUACAGUGUUCAGAAAACUCCUGCUGGCGCUUCUGGGGCUUCCGCUACCCCGAGGCCCAGGGGCCCCACGAGGCGCUGAGCCGGCUGCGGGAGCUCUGCCGACGCUGGCUGCGGCCCAAGAUGCACAGCAAGGAGCAGAUCGUGGAGCUGCUGGUGCUGGAGCAGUUUCUGACCAUCCUGCCCGAGGAGCUGCAGGCCUGGGUGCGGGAGCAGCAGCCGGAGAGCGGCGACGAGGUGGUGGUGCUCCUGGAGUAUCUGCAGAGGCAUCUGGAGGAGCCAGGGCCGCAGGUAGAGGCGAAGGGCUUCGUGUCAGAGACGAGCUCUGUCUCUUCCUGAAGUCUCAGCAUCGGAGUGAGGGUCGUUUCUGGAAGACCCACAAGUUCUCAGUGUCUUUUCGUGUCAUAAACCUCUUUGCCCCUUCGGAGUACUGGUAUUUUUAAGAACAUGAAGGAUUAGAAAAGAACUCGAUUGUACUGAAACACAGUUAGCCAAGCGUGAAACAAUUCAGUGAUAAAAUUAUCUAUAUGUUCUUUAAAAUUAAUGCACCAAAUAGUAAGACCAAGGGACAGGCCCAGUAACGGAAAGAGUUUCCAAGUUUUUUAAGCAUGAAUGACUUUGACAAUGUCUGCCCGGCUGUGA